GGAUGAUAUCAUUCUUUUUUUUAUUAAAGUAGGCGAAAAGUAAAUUCGACUCCCUCUUUGCACUUUCUUCUUCCCGUCGCUACCGAAAGCUUCUGUCUCUCUCACUCGCAGGGUUCUCUGGAACUUUCUGAACGAUGCCGAGGUAUUACUGUGAUUAUUGCGAUACUUAUCUCACUCACGAUUCCCCAUCAGUAAGGAAGCAGCACAAUGCUGGUUACAAACACAAGGCGAAUGUGAGAAUAUACUAUCAGCAAUUUGAGGAACAACAAACCCAAAGUUUGAUUGAUCAGAGAAUUAAGGAACAUCUUGGCCAAACUGGAGGGUAUCAACAGGUUGGUGCUGUGUUUAAUCAGCAUAUGCUUGCAAGACCUCGCCCUCCCAUGAUGCUACCACCUGGAAGUAUGCCUAUGGGUAUGCGACCUCCUGUUCUGCCUAGACCCAUGAUGCCUCCUCAAGGUUAUAUGCCUCCUCCAGGAGUACCACAGAUGAUGGCACCGCCUGGUGCUCCUCUACCUCCACCUCCACAAAAUGGUAUUCUGAGGCCACCAGGAAUGGCUCCCAUACCAGGUCAAGGUGGCGGACCACCAGGAAUGGCUCCCAUACCAGGUCAAGGUGGCGGACCACCUCCCAAUUAUAAUGGACUACCUCCUCCUCCUCCUUAUCAUACAAAUCCAGCUGCUCCACCAAGUGGUAAUUUCAACAAUCCAAACCUCAACAAUCCGAAUCCCAGUGCUGAAUCUCCUGAAAGCAAUGAGUAGAGUUAGUAGGUCUGAAUGAAUCAUUUUUCUCCUGCCAAAAAAUUCUCAGAGCUCUUGUUUAACACAAUAUCCUACCUUUUCUACUCCAAUUUUUAUGAAGAGGUUUAGAACUAACGUAUGUGAAAUGAGUUUUAUGUGUUAGAUGAUUGUAUCCAUUAGAGUCAUGAAAAGGAAAAUCUGAGGUUUCUUAUCUCUAAAACAAACUGGUUUAUGAAAGAUUUAUUAAAAGGCUUCAUUCAUUCAUUGCUUGUACCAAUCAGUAGUAGAAAGAAGUAGACAUGCUGCUGUAAACUUAUGUAUUUCUUUGGUUCCUUUUCUCUGAAAUUGAGAAGAGACAGUGCCUGAAACAAGAGAGGAAUCCAAAAAUUGUAAGGAGAUUUGCGUUUGACCAAUUUAUGUUCUAUCCAUUAACGUUGAUUGGUUCGUAGUUACACAAACACACACUACAAUUAUAAUCUCUGAUUUUGGUGAU